GGGAGGACGGGCGACAUGGCGGCUGCGCUGCUGCUCCUGGGUUUCGUGCUGUUGGGCGUUCGGGGCGCCUCCGCGGCGGCUGGCUUCAUCAAGUCUCCACUCUCCCAAGAGGGGUGGGCGGGGGGCCGUGUGGAGCUGCACUGCCAGGCCGUGGGCAGCCCUGUCCCCGAGAUCCAGUGGUGGUUUGAAGGGAACGGUCCCAAUGACACCUGCUCCCAGCUCUGGGAUGGCGCCCGGCUGGACCGCAUCCACAUCCACGCCACCUACCACCAGCACGCGGCCAGUAGUGUGUCCAUCGACAAGCUCACCAUGGAGGACGAAGGCACCUACGAGUGCCGGGCCAGCAACGACCCCGACCGCAACCACCUGACCCGGGCACCCAGGGUCAAGUGGGUCCGUGCCCAGGCAAGCGUGGUGGUCCUCGAACCGGGCACCAUCUCGAUCUCUGUGGAGAACGUUGGCUCCAAGACACGGCUCACCUGUGCCUUGAAUCAUAGCGCUGCCGCGGUCACUGGCCACCAGUGGGUGAAAGGCGACAAGGUGCUGAAGGAGGACACGCUGUCCAACCUGCAGACAGAGUUUGAGGUGGACAUGGAGGACAGCUCGGGCAGGUACUUCUGUGUCUUCCUCCCUGAGUCCAUGGGCAGGGCUGAGAUCACAGUGAGCGGACCCCCCAAGAUUAAGGCUGUGAAGAAGUCUGAGCACGCAAAUGAGGGGGAGGCAGUCACUCUGGUCUGUAAGUCAGACUCCUACCCACCCGUCACCGACUGGGCCUGGUACAAAAUGGUCGACUCCCAUUACCAGGUCAUCGCCAACGGCUCCCAGAGCAAGUUCUACGUGAGCUCCUCAGAGGCCAGGUCCGAGCUGCGCAUCCAGAACCUGGACAUGGGCACCGAUCCUGGCACCUACGUGUGCAAUGGCACCAGCCAGGAAGGCACGGCACAGGCUGAGAUCACACUGCGUGUGCGCAGCCGCCUGGCCGCCCUCUGGCCCUUCCUGGGCAUCGUGGCCGAGGUGCUGGUGCUGGUCACCAUAAUCUUCAUCUACGAGAAGCGGCGAAAGCCAGAUGAGACCCUGGAUGAUGACGAUGCCGGCGCAGCUCCACUGAAGAGCAGCGGGCAUCAUGUGAACGACAAGGGCAAGAGUGUCCGUCAGAGGAAUGCCACCUGAGCAGGCACCCCAGGACGGGAACCGCGUGCUGGAGCCCAGUGUGUGCAUCUGUGCCUCCAGCAGGAGCCCAUCCCCGUGUGCAAGAUCCCGGAUCCUCUCACCUCCGAGAAAGCCCACCCUGCCAGAGCAAGCCAGCCAGAGUGCAGCCCUGCUCCCGUUCUAGUUGAGACAAAGUAGGGUUUACGCGUAGACUGCUGUAGGUGUUCUCCUCUUUAAAUGUGUCACUGGAGCCCAAGUGUCUGAGUCUUCUGGCCACGCCUGGGCUCCCGGGUGGGCGUGUGGCCCUCCCCCAGCCCCCAGGUUCAGCCCUCUGCCUAUCUGAAGCCAGCGCUGUGUAACUGCCCCUGAGCUUCCAUGGUUGUUUCUUUGUGAGGGUUGCAGGUCUGGUUUUGACCCAGGAGCGACUCAGGGACAGCUCAGACCUCUUGGUGGUGGAGGGGGGCCUGUCCCUCUACUCACUCACUUGCAGAGUGACCCCUUCACUGCUCCCAAGUGACCCUCCACUCCCUCCCAAUGUCUGCAUGCCAGGGGACAGGACACCAGGACUCCCCAGCUCCAACUGUGAGGAUAGCAGCGCCCCCUUCCAGUGUCGGGCUUGGUGGGAACCCUACAAUAAAGACUGACCCCACCCCA